AGGGCGGUUGAAAAACCCUUCUUCCAAAACCCUAUUCUCUCUCCAAAAUUUCAAACCAAAACCUCAGUGCUUAAACCCUCAACGGAAAAAAAAAAAAAAAAAAAUCGCCACCAUUCAGAGGAGGGGAGAGGAGAGGCUAGGCGAGGCGAGGAAGAGCGAUUUACCGGCAGCCACCAGGAAGGUGGAGGCGGAGCUCCGUCGUGAUGAGUUACACAGAGACUCAGUGGGGGCGAUCGACGGUGGGAAAUUUGCCAGUUGUUGUAGAUGAUGAUGGUAGUGGUGGUGGUGAGGUUAAAGGAGGAGAAGUUCCAAGGUUUGAAUUUAGAGUGACCCAUGAAGCUAAACUUAAAGAACUAUUGCAUAAGAUUAGUUCUCUUGAAAUUAAGUUAUGCUCUGAUGGUGUAAAAGAGUUCAUUAGGUUGCUAAAGGGUAAUACUGGAGGUGAAUUGCUUCAUUUAUAUGUACGGAGUUCGCGUAAUUGCUCGGAGCUUCUAGAUGCUUGGAAGCUUCGACGAGGGAAGCCUGGAUUGUCCUAUAUAAUUAAACUGAUUUCUGCUAUCCUUGGUCAUCCCGAUGGGGUGUAUGAUCCCAAGGAUGGGGAGAGAAUAGCUAUUAGUAAGGUUCUCAACAAGUUUGCAAGAUUGCUUGUUGAAGAAUACAUGGUAGAACUUCAGAAGGAACUAGAUGGUAAAGAGGUGAAGUGCCAAAAUGCAGCACUUUUGCUACUGGCUUCGAUUGUUAGGCGUCAGUCGGGAUUGGCUUCUGAGGUGGCAAAGAAAUUUGAUUUUAAAUCUAAGACAUUUUGCAGGCUAGCAGAAUAUAAAAAGAACCAAAAGGAGAAGAGGGUGAUAAAGCAUUCGACAAGGAAGGCAUUUGUUGGCUUUGCAAUGUCGUUUUUGGAGGUGGGGCGGCCAGGAUUGUUGAGGUGGGUGCUGCAGCAGAAGGAAAUGUAUUCUGGUGUCCUUCGUGGGCUUGGGAAUGAUGAUGAUGAAACUAUUAUUUAUGUUUUGUCUACAUUACGGGAUAGGGUUCUUGUGGAAGAGUCCUUGGUGCCCCCAGGUCUUCGAAGUGUUCUCUUUGGGAGUGUUACUUUGGAACAGUUGGUUAGCAUUUCUGGAAGAGGGAAUGAUGAGUCUGCUGCAGAGUUGGCAUACCAUACACUGGUCCUCGUUUGCACUGAUCCUUGUAAUGGUUUGAUGCCAGAUUUGAAAAGAAGCCCAAGUCCACUGAGGGGUAAUCCGAAGCGACUUGUUGGACUCAUGAAGAGGUUAAAAGCAACUGAGGUUAGCUAUCACAGAGACUUGCUUUUGGCUAUUGUUAGUGGGAGUCCCUUUUUUGGUUCAGCCUACAUGGAAGAGUUCCCCUACAACCUGGAAGAUUUUUCAUCAUCAACCUGGUUUGCUACAAUUUCUCUUGCAGCAAACUUGGUUUCCUCAGUGGGCACUGGUGGUCCCUUUGGUUUCCUCGAUUCUCUGUCUCAUGAUCCCCCUUUGUUUGAUAGCGAGGAUGUGCAGAGUAUCAUGAAAUGUGUGUGUCCUCGUCUGUUCAGCCGGUCAGUAGUUAACAAGGGGUUGCUUCACUCUGAUUUUCUUGUGAAGCAUGGAACUCUAAGGCUUCUUUUGGAGGCAUUGAAAUUGCUGGACUCCUUCAUCAGUGCUUUGAAUCAUAGUUCUUAUUCGAGUGAUCAAAUGAUGCAGGGUUGGGCAUCUCUCAAGCAAGAAAUUCAGAAUGAAGUCCGAACUUUGCUCCCUGAUCCCCAAGUUUUACUGACCCUUCUUUCUUCUUUGACUCGCCACCCCAAGACUCGUGAAUCAAGUUUAAAGAGAACAGCAGAUUUUGAAAAAUUUCCUGAACGUAGCAACAAUAAUAUAAAAAAGUUGAAAUUGAAUGAUGAGAACAAGGACAUGGAUAUUGUUGUAAGUGGCAUAAAUUCUGAUACUGACUUUGUUCCGCUUGGAGACACUAAAAGAGAUGUUGGUUCACCUCUAAUAGAUGAGACUGACAAUGGCAAGGAUCUUAUCAGUGUUAUUGCAGAAAUUUGGGGUUUAGACGAAUGCUCUGAGCCUUUUAUCACACCAAAGGGUGUAGAGAUGUUCUUUCAAUCUAAACUAUUUGAUACUCUUAAGAUUUAUAUUCGGGCAGUGCCUACUGUGUUGGAAGGUUCAUUUGAGUUCUUCAUAAAUCUCCUCAGCAAUCCUUUAGGCAUACCAACCAAUCUACAGUGUUGUCUCUUGUCUUUGCUAAUAGAAUACAUUGGAUUCUCUUCAAGCAGUGGUAUUCCCACUAGAACCCCUCCAUUGAUGUACAAGCAUCUACAGCCACUUAUUAACUUGUUAAUUUUUUCACCAAUCAGUGAUGUUAAGAAUCUAUCAUAUAGUCUAGCACGAGCUGCUAUGUUUAGUACUGGUGCAUUUGACAGAAACGUAGAUGAAAUUGGAGCAUGGUUACUAUUUUUACCAGGGUAUGACAUGGGAAAAUCUUCUGUUGAGGUCCAAGAAUUGGAUAUGUUGCAGAGCCUGUCUCCAGUUGUUAUCUCAUUUUUAUGUGAUGCCAUAUCAACUAUUGGGAAUAAUUUAUUCAAGUAUUGGGAAUUUGUCAAGCAUAAUGCAUUCCAUUCGAAAGGUGCUAAAGAUGUAUCACCUACUUUCAGCCCUCUUGUAAUAUGUGUCUUGCAGAAAUGUCUAAGGUUGCUAGCUUCUGAAUCUGGAAGCUUUACAUUGCCUGAGAAGUCAAUCAUAUCAUUAUAUGUAUGCAGUACACUAAAAUAUCUAAUGCAAACUCAGGUAGAUGCUGGGUUGCUAUCUGCUUUGGUUGAAUCAGUCUUGUCUGAGAGACUUGGUGACCGUUCUGUAGUAGAUGAUUCUGGGGAUUCCUUCUGUGAGUGGAGGCCGUUAAAUAACUUACUGCUUUUUUCACGGAGCAUUUCACAUCAACAAACUUCAUGCAUUUUUUCUACUGAUAGAAAAGCUAGUCCUAUUGAUAGUUCUUUUGCAAGUACACUUGAUGAUGUUAAACAACUUUUAAGGGCUGGGGAUAGUGGCAAUGUAUCUGGCAUAACCAAGGCAUUUUCUUCCUCAAUUAUUUGCACGUCACCUGAUGAGAUAUUGAAAAAUUUUCCGUCAGUUAUGACUAUUUCACACAACCUUCUUGGAGUACCUAUGUCAAUCUUAUCAUCAGUAUUCUUUCUUGAACAAAGUCUUCUUACCAGCAUUUCUAAGUUAUGGCCCGACGUGUUCUUCCCUGGUCUGGAAACAACUCUUUCUAUUGUUCAUUGUGAAGUCAAAGGAGAUGAUGCCAGUGCAGUUUCUUGUCAUUCUUUGGAUUCUCAGGAAAUUAUUUACAAUGGAGAUCUUGAUGCAAGUGAAUCUGCUGCUGCAGCAUUUAGUUUAUUUUUGAAGCAGGCACCUUUCCAUGUGCUAUUUCCUGCAAUUAUGAACAUCAGUGGUCCCUACUUGCUGGAGCCCUUGAAGAUACAAGACAUGCUUCUGGCUAAACUAUCUGACUCAAUAACAGAUUGCCACGGAACUACUUAUCUGCGGUUGGUGCUAUUUUGGAUCCAUCAAAUACAAUCAUCUUAUAGAAUUAAACCAUUAGUUGAACUCCAACAACUUGCAGAGAUUUGCUUUAAUCUUGUAAAGCACUUGUUAGCUCAACUAUUGGUUUUGAAAUCUGAUUCUGCUUGUUCCAGAAAAUCUGGGGUUCCUUUCUCAGGACCAGAUAUUCAAGAAGUGGUUCAAUCUAUCUUCUGUCAUCCUGCAGUGGUAGCAUCAUUAUCCUGUCCUUUGGAUUGUAAAAAAGAGUUAGCAUUUGAAGAUGUGGUGGGCACUUUGGAUAUGUUGAUUAGUUUAUCCAGGCAGAGGGUUCAUAUGUUGGAUCUUCAUCUCUUGAAUAUAUUAACAACAGCUUCUGAGUACUUGUUGACCUUAUGCAAUGUCCAAAACUCUGUACCCAAAGAUAAUAAAAGUUCUUAUAAGCAACUUGUGGGGGCCUUUAAUGCCCUGGUACAGAGGCUAUUUCUGGAAGCCAGGGAAAAGUUUGAUCUGUGCAUUUGUACUAAAGACAUGAUGCCCAUCCUUCCGACCUUUUAUGCUUUACAUGCUCUCCUACGGUUUAUAUCCCCCUUUGAACUUCUUGAAUUAGUGCAAUGGAUGUUUAAUAGGGUUGGCAUGGAUGAAUUGAUAGUUUGCAAAACAUCAAAGAUAUCUGCUCCCUCUAUUGGAUUUUGUAUUGCUGCUGGUGCUUUCAAAACUCUGUCUGGUUAUUCAGAGCAGCGGGUUACAAAGGGAGUACCAUACAAUUUGUUAUGGGAAAUAGAAGAAGAGAAUAUCAACAUCAGCAUAGUUGAGGAGAUCUAUUUUAAAGUAGUUACGUUUGCCUUGCAUUUUGAACCAGAAUUUGCAGAUACAUGCUUGCUGGAGGCUGUUAAUGUUGGUUACAGACAGAAAUAUAUGCAACAGCAUAGUAUUCAUCCAUUAAGUUUGCUAAUGUCAAGGGUUAUAAUGAUUACUCCUGUGGAAGUGCUUUCUCAUUGCAUUUACAAGACAAGCAAGACGAAAGCUAAAUUAUUGUUCCUUCUUAUUGAGACAAGCUCCAUACAUUUGUCAACCUUUGGGCACUUAUUUUUGGGUAUUCUGAACAAAGAUUUGCCUCACCAGGGCAAUUUGAUGCAAGAAAAUUGUGGCCAUGCUCUUUCAGACGAGGACUUUAUGAUGCUUCUGCCUGCUGCUUUGUCUUACCUGAACUCAAUUGUUAUAAAAUUUGAAAAGCAACACCAUAGUCAUUUUGGAAGCAUACCUUCUUUAUAUUCAAGGAUUCUUUUAAAUGGUUUCCUUCACUGGAAGAGUUUUGUCUCUAGAGAUAUAUUUGAGGAAGAAUAUGGCGAGCUUUUGCCAUCAUCUACCCCAGAAUUUGUCAGACUUGUUGAUGGUAGUCUCUUAGGAAAAUCUAUUCAUAUGUUGCGGUAUCACUUAGCCUUCAGUGGAGUUCCAAUGAAAUUGAAGAAGCGAUUGAAACUAUUUGAUAAAAUUUUCCAACAAUCUACUUCACACAAUGAUCUGCUAGAUUGUGAUGUUGGUGAGAUGGAUUCUCAUUCACUUAAUCAGUCAUUAAACCAUAUAAAUAGAGUUGUUGCAAAGAUAUCUUUUGGUAAGAUUUUAUUAUAUCUGGAAAAUAGUCAGAUUCAUUCUAAGCCAAAGGAAGCAGAUGGCAACUUGAAGGAAGUUCCUUUGGAAAUGGUAUCAAAUUUAGACUCAUCAAGAAUGCAGUUUAUAAACAAUCUGGUCAGUAUUUGGCAUUUGGUGAUUAAGAAAUUUCCUUUAGUCACCAAUAGUUCUGCAAAGGGAAAGAGCAUAGACAGUUCUACCCUGUACAAAUACUUGGAAGUCUUCAUAUUGAAUUGUAUUUUUGAAAUAACCACAGAAUUGCAUGAUGGUCUAGUCCAAUUGCAAUGUGUUCCCUUCCUGGAGCAAUUGAUGAGAUCAGCUCUUUUAUAUAGGUUUGAGGACCCCACAACUCUGACAGCACUCCGAGGUAUCCUAAAGUCGCUGUCUGAUGGAAAAUUUUCACGUGCCCUAUAUCUUCAGCUGCUGCUUGCCCACUCUCAAUUUGCCCGUACUAUUCAUUCAGUCUCCAAAGCAUCUGGUUGUUCUCCUAUUGGUGCAUUUUUAAGGCCCAUGUCCAGCAUUCUGAGAUCACUUGUUAUCCCUUCUAGGAAACAAGAUGCAUUUAGUGGCAAGCAAGAUUCAGAAACAACUGAACCGUACACAAAGCAGUUGGAAGUUAUUAAAUUAUUCCACACACUCUUUCCAGUCAAGGCUCUUCAACGUGGUUUUGAUUCUGAAAAAGAUUUUGGCAUAAAUUUAAAAGAGUUGCAUUUGCUACUUCUGUCUUCUUAUGGUGCAACACUCAGUGAAGUUGACUUGGAGAUAUACAAUUUAAUGCUUGAAAUUGAGUCUAUAAAUAGAUCAGACUCUGUGAAUAGUGCUGACAUGGAUUACCUAUGGGGAAGUGCCGCUUUAAAAGUUAAAAAAGAACGGGCUCUUGAGCAGGAUAUAUCUUUGGAUAUCAUGACAGAUGCUGAAGCAGUUGAAGAACAUCGGAAAAGUCAAUUUAGAGAAAACCUUUCGAUUGACCCAAAAAUAUGUGCAUCAACAGUGCUGUAUUUUCCUUAUGAUGCUACUGCAAGUGAUGAACCCUUAUCCUGGAACAAGGCAUGUUCUCCUAUUGUUGAAAAUGUAGAACGCUAUGAUCCUGUCUUUAUCUUGCAUUUUUCAAUUCAUAGUCUGUCGUUGGGCUAUAUUGAACCUUUGGAGUUUGCUGGUUUAGGCUUGCUUGCAGUUGCAUUUGUUAGUCUUUCUUCAUCAGAUGAGAGGAUAAGAAAAUUGGGUUAUGAGGCUCUUGCGAUAUUUAAGCAUGCGAUGGAGAAGUGCCAAAAGAGGAAGGAUCUAAUGCAACUUAGGCUUCUGUUGACUUAUGUGCAAAAUGGUAUAGAAGAGCCAUGGCAGAAAAUCCCUUCUGUUAUUGCUCUUUUUGCUGCAGAAACAUCUUUGAUAUUGUUAGAUCCUUCGCAUGACCAUUAUGCAACCAUAAGAAAGCUUUUGAUGCAGUCUUCUAGGGUAAAUCUGAAGGGUAUACCAUUGUUUAACAAUUGUUUCUGGAGUAGCUCUGUGAAUUUCAGAGCAGAAAGGUUGUGGAUACUUCGCUUGCUAUAUGUAGGGCUGAAUUUGGACAUUGAUGCUCAAAUAUAUACGAGGAACUCCAUUUUUGAGACUCUAUUAAGUUUUUAUGUCUCUCCUCUUUCGGAUACAGAUUCAAAGGAACUGAUUCUUCAGGUAGUGAAGAAAUCGGUCAAAUUGCAUAAGACGGCUCGUUAUCUAGUUGAACGCUGUGGUCUGUUUUCAUGGUUGUCAUCUGUUAUCUCAUUCUCUAGCGGAAGGCUCUUUGAAGAUGAAAAAGGUUUUUCCUUAAAGCAAUUGCUUGUGGUAUUAGAGGUUGCCAAUGAUGCUAUUUCAUCCCAAAACAUUACUGAGUGGUUGCAGAAAGAUGCCCUUGAGCAGCUCAUGGAACUUUGUUCGCAUCUGUACCAAGUGUUAAUUGGUGGUUUGACAUUCAAAAAGGGAAAUGUUGCAUUGGUUAAUCUAUUUUUGCAAAUAACGAUAUCAACAGUGAAAAUAUCCCAGAAAAGGGAAAUAUACCAGCCACAUUUUACUCUGUCAGUUGAGGGUUUAUAUCAAAUAUAUCAGGCUGUUGGUGUAUAUAAUUAUGCGGGCUCUUACCCUUGUGCAGAGGUUGGGCUCAAAGCUAUACUUAUGGGUACACCUCCAGUUGAUUUUUUCCACAUGAAUAGAGAAAAGCUUUCUGGUUUUCUUAUGUGGGCAAUUUCCACUGCAUUGAAAUCAGACUCUGCACAAAUGCUUCAGCUUCAAGAAUCUCAUUCGCAUUUCACCAUUUCUUCAGAGGAAGAGAUCCAUGAGGAUUCUUUGAUACCAAGACUUUUACGAUGGCUAACUGCUGCUAUUAUUCUUGGGAAGCUUUCUUGGAAAAAUACUGAUGUUGAUCCCAAGAUUUCAAACCGAUUUAAAUCAGGAACUCUGCAAUCUUUAUUGGAUCUUAUUGAAAAUGAACAUGAUGAAAGCGUCAAAAAUAGAUUUGGCUGUGAGGAUUUAUUGGCUGCUGUCAUUUUCUACCUUCAACAGCUCCAUGGCAUUCAUUGUCAAGUGCUCCCCUCAGUUAUAUCUGCACUGUGUCUUCUUUUCUCUGCCUCCGGUCCUGCAGAAUCCAUAUCAGAUAUCUUCCAAGGUCAUAAGACCCUGGUGGUGUCUCUGUGUUCGAAGAUACAUUGCCCUGCUGAAGCUAAUCCUGCCUGGAUAUGGUCCUUUUACGAGCAGUGGAAGGAACCUGCAUUGGAACUCACCAAUUUACAGAAGAUGGAUGAACUUCAUGCUUGUCAAACUCUUUUAGUAAUUUUUGCAAAUGGACUUAGAAGGAAACCAUUAGAUUUGCAGGUUUUAUCACCUCUAGAUGUGGAGAGAUCUGGUGUAUAUGAAUGGGAAAAAAGCAUUAUUAGUGCUAGCAGUGUUUAGAUUAUAUUAUGAACUCCAAGAUUGAUUAGUAAAAUUCGAGAUUUUGAAAUGACAUUGUGUCUGGAAAGGCAAUUUGUAGCAUAUACUGAGUGUACUUGAAACCCAUGAUUUUUGAGAAAAUUGUAUAUAUUGAAACAAUAAAAAUACAUGACUAGGCAGAUGACGGCUGUAAUUUAAUGAAGGUGGGUUUGAAACAUCAUGUUACAGCCAUUGUAGGAGAAAUACAGAUAUGUCAAUGUAGCCAUCAUUCAAGGAUGUCAUGGCAACAAAGUUGUAUUCAAAUGGCAAUGUUAGUUAAGACUAGAAUUUGUUGUGAUUCUUAUUAUUGGUCAUUUAAUGGCUAAGUCUUCAUAUCUCUUUAAGAUCUC